UUCAUGUAAGUAUAUUUUUUUACAGGAGAACAUGUCUUCGUUAAUUCUGAGUUACCUAGAAGGCGGACAAGUAACAGAAGCUAUGCAAAGAUAUAUCAAAAACCGGAACUGUGCAGCUCAAGGUGAGCGCUUUACCCGGAAGUAUGGUUUGGAUCACACGGGAGGCUUGUUCAUCAUUCUCUUGUCGGCCAUGUUUGUGGGUGCACUCCUGCUUAUCGUAGAGCUUUAUAUAUUCAAGUAUCUUGUACCAUAUCUGCGUAAAAAGCCCAAUGACAGCUUGUGGAAAAACAGAAAUAUUGAAUAUGUUAAUCAGAGACUGUAUCGCACGUUGAUGAGUGAGCGGUUAGUGUCUCCACAACAGACAGCACAGGAGAUGAUCAAAAUGGUUAGGGAAAGACGAUUCGACAGACUCUUCCUCAAAAACGAACUCCGAGAUCAUGGGAAGAUACACAAGAAGGGGGUUCCAAAGGGUCUUAGACUGAUAGAUAUUACAGACAACUUGAUAAGAUCGAAGAAAGCGGAAUCAGAAAUAUUUGCCACCACUUCCUCCAGUAAUUUGUAUUCUAUCAAUGAACAGGAAUAUGAUGACGAUUCACUCAGUGACAUCAGUGAUUACGCAACGGGUGACGAACAGGAUAUGCAAAUUUCUUUCGAAGAUAUAAAAGACACAGUACUAGACAGCUCGGAUGUGCCGAUUAACAAUCAAAGACAUGCUCAGUCGUCUUGUCCUGAGACAAUUCGAACGAAUUCGUUGAAGGUCACCCCAGGUCAGUAUGUACGCUGUAAGCAGCCUCGUGUUCGGUACAGUUCUGACUCCAAUUUAGGAGGAUCACACUCGAAUUCAUCAUAUAGACGGAAUAAAUCAUGUCCUAAUUUUCAAAAACGUCCAACAAAAGAAGAAAAGAAACAGAAGAUGUAUGAAAUAGACGAGAUUGAAAUGUUAGAAAUAGCAGCCCGACCUGAUAAAACAAAACUUAUUCGCAAAUCAAAGAGGGCCAAUAUCGGCCGGGCAUUCACAUUUUACGGAAAAUCUCUGAAAGACAAUAGGCUGAAAUCGUCCAUCCGGAGUCAUGCCAUGGCAACUCGUCGGCAUUCAGAGUCGGCAUUUGACGACUGUGCAGUUGAUGCCCUCUCUAAGGAAGACCUGUUGGUUUUAUGGAAGAAAUCAGAGAUUGAGUUACAGACCAGUCUAAACAGAGUUACACAGGAAAAUGCCCACUUAAAGCGUCUUCUCCGGGUAGUGGAGGUGUCGGAAUCCGUACCCAGGGAAGAGGUGUCGAAAGAGGAACCUGCUCACAUCACUGCAACACCACUGUAAAAUCUCAGUCAUAGUCUGUAGUUACAUGAUUACGUCAUUAAUGAACAACUUAAUGUACGAAUUGUACCUACUUAAAACCUCAUGCAUCUUUGUUAUCAAUUAAUAUCAUCCUGUCACAAUAACAAUGACAUGGGUCCCCAUGGAAAGUUUUAAAGAUGUUUUCAAACAUUUUAUUCUGUACGCAUACCUGUGAUUCAUUUGUUUUGUUACUUAAUAUACACACUGUUUUUACAUGUGAUACAAUUGUUCAUUCAUUGAAUAUGCAUUUAUAGUUUAUAAACAUAGAACAAAUGCCUUCUCUCUUUCACUCCAAAGAAAAAGAAUUUGAUAUAUAUGGUAUAUGCAAAAUAGUUCAUUUUUAUGUAAAAUAAUUACACAAGUUUAUAAGGUUAGGUCAGCUGUAAUGUUGUGAU